GCCGCGGGCAGGGAAGUGGGUCCUAGGUAGGUUCCUGAGCCCCCUUCUCCUUACUUGCUGGGAUCCAUGACCCCCCACCCUCACCCCCAAGAGCUGAAAUUGCAACCCUUUGGUUCUUGUUGACACUUCUGCUUCUCCCCACUCUGCCAUAACUCAGUGUGGUUCCCAGAGAUGGAAAAGUGACUGUUUGGAAAGGAGGAGGUGGAGGGGGAGAAGUGGCCAGAAGAGCGAGAUUCCGUGGAGCCAGGUGCCUAUGUCCUAAUAGGUUCAGAUCCAAACUGAUGGCAGCACAUUUUUACGGGGGGCUUCCCAGAUAGCUGUUAUGAAAUACAACUCAGAUUUAUGGUCUUUUUCAUAUUGAACAUGAUAUGCUAUGCUAACGCUGCAUGUGACAGUUUAAUCAAAUCCAUUUGUUACCACGAAGCUAAAAGGGGCCGCUGGGAUUUUAGGAUUAUGGGCAGAGUUAGGGAAGCAUGUGGCUUUGUCAUUCGCCAUCAUUUUGCACACUGCCACAGUGCGAGGGGCUCUGUGUGUGCGCCGCGUCUCGUCUGGCCACACUCGUCCCUUCCCCCACCCCUACCACCACUCUGACCGGCUCUCAAAGUGGCUUCACAAUAGUCGGGUCCUCUGCGGUGUAGGCUGCGCUCCAGGUCCACGCUUGAGCUAAAUAAGGAGACCCCCUUCUACGUCUACCUUUGGGCUUGGUGCUCAAUGCGAAGCCGCUGCAACUCAGACACGCCUCAGUCAACUCAUGCAGAAAAAGGAGAAAAGUUUUGGUAUACAAAUGCUCUCAGUCCAGCCAGACACCAAGCCGAAAGGUUGUGCUGGCUGCAACCGAAAGAUCAAGGACCGGUAUCUUCUAAAGGCACUGGACAAAUACUGGCAUGAAGACUGCCUGAAGUGUGCCUGCUGUGACUGUCGUUUGGGAGAGGUGGGCUCCACCCUGUACACUAAAGCUAAUCUUAUCCUUUGUCGCAGAGACUACCUGAGGCUCUUUGGUGUAACGGGGAACUGCGCUGCCUGUAGCAAGCUCAUUCCUGCCUUCGAGAUGGUGAUGCGCGCCAAGGACAACGUUUACCACCUGGACUGCUUUGCGUGCCAGCUCUGUAAUCAGAGGUUUUGUGUUGGAGACAAAUUUUUCCUAAAGAAUAACAUGAUCCUUUGCCAGACGGACUACGAGGAAGGUUUAAUGAAAGAAGGUUAUGCACCCCAGGUUCGCUGAUCUAUCAACAUCACCCCAUUAAGAAUACAAAGCACUACAUUCUUUUAUCUUUUUUGCUCCACGUGUAUAUAAGAAUUGACACAACCUACUGAAUAGCGUAGAUAUAGGAAAGCAGGAUGGAUAUAUGAAAUAAAAGGCGGACUGCAUCUGUAUGUAGUGAAAUUGCCCAGUUCAGAGUUGAAUGUUUAUUAUUAAAGAAAAAAGUAAUGUACAUAUUGCUGGAUUUUUGCUUGCUAUUCGUUUUUGUGUCACUUGGCAUGAGAUGUUUAUUUUGGACUAUUGUAUAUAAUGUAUUGUAAUAUCUGAAGCACAAAUGUAAUACAGUUUUAUUGUGUUACCAUUUGUGUUCUGUUUGCUUCUUUGUAUUGUUGCAUUUAGUACAAUCAGUGUUUAAACUUACUGUAUAUUUAUGCUUUCUGUAUCUACCAGCUAUUUUAAAUGAGCUGUAACUUUCUAGUAAAAAAUUGAAGAGCAAAUCUCACUAAUGAUACACAUAUAGAUAAAGCAAGUCUAUCAACAUUAGACAGACUAAAAAAAUACAGACAUACAAAGCGUUUUAGCAACACCCACCAUUAUUGCCACUAUGAUUUAGAGUCUAUCAGUGUUCUCAUUAUAACCCCCUAUUUUCAGGGGGUUAAGAUCAGCUUUAAAAAAAUGCAUAAAAAUUUCAUCUUAAAGCACUUUCAUUUUGUACCAACGUGAAAAGUGCCACUUUUAGAAUAACUUUAAAGCUUAACAGUUAUCCUCUUAAUAUCCUUGUAUGUGUGCCCGCUGCUUGUGUGAUAGCUUUGUUGUUAGUCUGCUCUUCAGUCAUUCACCCCCUUGUUGUGAACUAGUGCCUUUGGGUAUCAUAAGUUUUUUCCAAAGGGUUACUUUAAAAAGUGUUACCACAAUUAUGAGAUAACUUUUAAAUGACAAAUUAAAUUUCUUGUAAAAAUUUUGCCCAGACCUCUCCAGAAGAGCUAAGUGUUUAAUAACGUUAUGACUUGAUAAUUUCUGGCACUAAAAGGAUUUGAGUGUGAAUCUACUGAAAUUAUGAUAAUGCACAUUAAAGCUAGGAUGAUAUUUGAGCAGUGAGGUUACUUCUGAUUGAGCAACAUAGUGCUCAUAGAAUCUUCUAGAAGAAGAGAGACAAAGGGAUUGAUAAAAAGCUGAGAAGUGGUGAUUAUAUAUUUUCCUUUAUUUACAUGCCGCUUAUUUUAAUGUUUAAAAGUGAACACUUUCAAAUUUGAUGUGUCUUCUUCUUGCUUUCUUUGAGUAAUUACCCAAUCAGUGUAUAUCACACCUAAACUGAAAUCCCUCACUCCAUUUUGUAAAGGUGAAAUAUUAUUCCCAUACAUACAUGAUAGCUGAUAAAGAGGAAAACUUUCUAGAAACAGAAAUUAUGGAGACUGAUUAUUUAAAUUACAGCAUAAGAAAUAAAAAUGAGUAUAUAAUCCCUCUUCUGGGUUGCUCACACUUUGCUCCUUUGCUUCUGUUCCCUGUAAUAAAACUACCUUUCAACAAAUCUAAUCCCACAUGGGCACAAUGAAGCAUAUUUCUACUAGAACAAAGUUAGCACUGUGGUUUUUUUUUUCCUUGAUCACUUGUAUAGGAAACAAUAUUUCCCAGUGUUCUUUGCAUACAUAUUUUAUGCUGCCGAUACAUGUAUUGCAGAUGAAAAUGAAGUGUGAUCCCUGAAUUGGUGGUUUUGGGGCCAAAAUAUUAAGCUGCAAAUAAUGCUGGUGUUAAUUUGAGUCAUUUUUAAAAGCAAAGCUUCAUUAUGGACAUGCAUGUGAAUCUGGAUAUUGCCUCUCAUGUUUAAGAAUAUGACUCUGUGCAAAGUGAAUGGUAUGUAUUUUCACAAAUGCUUCAUGGUUAAGAGUGUGCAAGUCAUGUGCCCCCCAAAAGUGAGAUGAAAAAACUUCAAGAAUAGCUAUGUGAGGCCCAUAAUAGAACUAUUAUUUUAGCCUUAGAGCCUUACAUGUGAUUCAUAAAAAGACUUGCAGAGUCAAAGCUAAAAACAGCAAAUCAAAACAAAACAGAGCACGUGGGAGCAGGGGAGAGAGCGGGGCGUGGUUUGCGUGACGCUGUAGCUGUGCCAUGCACGUACGUACAUACGUAGUCCCCAAUAAGAGUUGCUUGACGUUCAUGUGGACGUUCAGUUUUAAUUGUCAGUGUAUUUUUCAAAUGAUCUUUAAAUAUUUAAAUGUUUCUGUAUAUGUUAAGAUCAAUCUGCCAAAAAUACCUGUAAACUGGGAACAAACCGGCCAGCUAUCCUUGGCGCCCAGAGACCAAGCAGUGUUUUUUACUGCCUUUUAUUUAUAGUGACCCUUUGAGAAUUUGUUCUUAUGCUUUUCCUACAAAUGCAAUUACUCACCUAGAUUAAAGAUUAAGGCCUUAAUCUCUUUAGAUUAUCUUUAAUCUCUAUGAAUUUGUGAAAGAAGACAGAAAUAGGCCAUUUAAUAGCUAAUUGCCCAUAAACAGUAGCAUCUUUGACCUGAAGUACUAAGCUAAUUGUCUUGAAUAUUCAAAGUUCCUGAAUUGUUGUCAGCUUCCCUCUUUGUGCUGUGUUGCCCUGAUGUCACUUAGCUUGUUAUCUGGUGCCUCCAGUAGGACCCGUUGAAUUGAGCUUUGAUUUCUCAAGCAGGGACCUCGCCCUUCCAAACAUGCACCACGUACAAGCUGCCUCUGAUGAAGGACCAGGCACCUCCAGACCCCCAGAAUGCUGGCUGAGUUUAAAAGCUGACCUGUGUUUGUGACUUCACUUUCAUCUUGCUUAAUAAAAAUCUG